AGGGGAAGCACUGGUCUGGCCACAGAUUGGAUUUCUAGAGAGCUUCCCACCACGGUGAAAAGACAAGCUGAUGUGAGAAAGGAGAUAUGUCUGUUAUGGGAAGAUGCCAUUUACUCUGUCUCCUUCUUUUCACACUUGUGUUCAGUGAGGAGAGAACUGAGGCACAGAGAGCAGGUUGCAAGAAUGUUCAUUAUGACCUUGUUUUCAUCUUGGACGCCUCCUCCAGUGUCGGAAAAGAAGAUUUUGAGAAGGUUCGACAGUGGGUGUCUAACUUGGUGGAAACUUUUGAGAUUGGUCCUGACAAAACCCGUGUCGGUGUGGUGCGAUACAGUGACAGGCCAACCACUGAGUUUGACCUGGGAAAGUACAAAACCCGUGAGGAAAUCAAAGAGGCCGCCCGAAAAAUUAGGUAUUAUGGGGGUAAUACAAACACUGGAGAUGCUCUCAGGUACAUCAAUACUUACAGUUUUUCCAAAGAGGCAGGUGGGAGACUUAGUGAUCGAACUGUUAAAAAAGUGGCUAUCCUUCUGACUGAUGGAAGGAGCCAAGAUUAUGUCUUGGAUCCCGCCAAUGCAGCUCGUCAGGCUGGAAUCAGGAUCUUUGCUGUGGGUGUUGGUGAAGCCUUAAAAGAAGAAUUGGAUGAGAUUGCUUCAGAACCAAAGUCUGCUCACGUGUUUCAUGUCUCUGAUUACAAUGCCAUUGAUAAAAUUCGGGGGAAGCUGAGAAGACGUCUCUGUGAAAAUGUUCUGUGUCCAAAUGUUCAAGUGGAAGGAGAUCGAUUCAAGCACACUAAUGGGGAGACAGAUGAGAUUCCAGGGUUUGACCUGAUGGAUUCGUUCAGUGUGAAACAGAUCUUUGGAAUGAAAGAAAAUGGAAUUCAAAGCUCUUAUGUACGACUUGGAAGUUUCCCUGUUGUUCAGAAAACUGAGGAUGUAUUCCCACAAGGUCUGCCUGAUGAAUAUGCCUUUGUAACUACCUUCAAAUUCCGAAAGGCUUCCAGAAAAGAAGACUGGUAUAUUUGGCAGAUUAUUGACAAGUAUGGCAUACCACAGGUCUCAAUCCGACUGGAUGGAGAGAACAAAGCUGUGGAGUACAACGCUGUGGGGCUUACCAAGGAUGCUGUGAGAGUGGUCUUUCGAAGUGCACGAGUCAGUGAUCUUUUUGAUCGCAGCUGGCACAAAAUUGCCCUUAGCAUUCAGUCAACAGCUGUCUCGCUGUACAUAGACUGCAAGCUUGUGCAGAUGCUGCCUAUUGAAGAUAGGGAAAAUAUCGACAUUCAAGGAAAGACUGUGAUUGGCAAACGCUUGUAUGAUAGUGUCCCCAUUGAUUUUGAUCUUCAGCGGAUGGUUAUUUACUGUGAUUCUCGGCAUGCUGAGUUGGAGACCUGCUGUGACAUUCCUUCAGGACCAUGCCAGGUCACAGUCCUGACAGAAGCACCUCCCGUGGAAGUGAGGCCUACUGUUGGCAGUGAGCAAGUUGCCCACCUCAAGACUUUCAAUUGCUCCUGUCCUGCUGGACAAAAGGGGGAGAGAGGCUCAAUUGGCCCUGAAGGUCCUAAAGGUCAAAAGGGAGAAAGUGGCAGCCAAGGGCUUCCUGGACCCAGAGGAGAAAAAGGAGAGUCAGGCAGAGCCUAUGGCAGAGGAGAAAAAGGAGAAAAGGGGUCCCUUGGCUUGCCUGGCACCCCGGGGAAGGAUGGAGCAAAAGGAGAAGCCGGCGAACCAGGACAACCAGGAGCAUUUGGAUUGCCUGGGCCAGCAGGUCCAAAGGGAUCUGAGGGAAAACAGGGUCCCCCAGGUAUUAAAGGCUACGUAGGAGCCCCGGGUUUACAAGGAGAAAGAGGAGAAAAGGGAACACGAGGAGACAAGGGAGAGCGAGGUUUAGACGGGUUCCCAGGAAAGCCAGGUGUGGAAGGAAAACAGGGUCCUGCUGGCAGCCCAGGUCCUCCAGGUGGCAGUGGGCCCAAAGGAGAAAAGGGUGAACCAGGGCUUCCCGGAUUGCCAGGGUCUUCAGUACCUUCUGAAGGCCUGAAAGGAGAGCAAGGAGAGCCUGGCCCACGAGGACCGCAAGGCCAACCUGGACUUCCUGGACUCCCAGGAGAGGCUGGUCUAGAGGGCAAGCCUGGAGUCCCAGGUUUACCAGGUCAAAGGGGUAAGAAGGGAGAACCUGGAUUCCCAGGAAUUAAUGGUCUGAUUGGCCCUCAGGGACCUCCAGGGCCCCCAGGCAUUGCUGGACCCCCUGGACCACCUGGAGCACCAGGACUGCCAGGAGAAAUUGGUGUUGCUGGUAAAAGUGGACUGCCAGGACCAGCUGGCUCACCUGGCAAAGAUGGAUUAAAUGGUCUACCUGGGCUUCCAGGUCAAAAGGGAGAACAAGGAGAAAAGGGUGAGGAAGGCUUUCCUGGAAAAGCUGGCCCUAAGGGUGAACCAGGAAGCCGUGGCCAACCUGGUGAACAGGGUGAAGCGGGUCUUCCUGGUCUUCAAGGUUUACCUGGACUGAGAGGAGAAAAAGGAGACCAGGGAGGAAAGGGAAAAGAUGGUCUCCCAGGACUGAAAGGGGAAAGGGGAGAAAAGGGUGACACAGGUUCCCCUGGCCCACCAGGCACACCAGGAACAACAGCCUUCUUCACCCCACACCCUAGGAUUCCUGGUGAACCAGGACCCAAAGGGGAGAAAGGAGAUCGGGGAACAAGUGGAGAACCUGGAUUACCGGGGAUCCCAGGUGAACAGGGUGUCCCAGGAGCUGUAGGACUCCAGGGGACGAAGGGGCAGAAAGGAGCCCGAGGAGAAGUUGGAGCCCCUGGAGAGGCUGGUGCAGUUGGACCAGUGGGGCCUCCUGGACCAAGAGGAUUGCCAGGAAAUGUGGGAGUACCUGGAAACCCUGGACUACCAGGGAAGGAGGGAGAAAGAGGGGAAAAGGGUGACCCUGGAAAAGAAGGAAAAGUGGGUUUACCUGGGCCAGCUGGGGUGCCAGGGCCUCCUGGACAGCCGGGUUUGCCUGGCAAAGGUAAAGAUGGAGAACAGGGAGAAAGAGGCCCACCAGGUUUGCCAGGACCUUUUGGACAUAAGGGUGAGAGGGGAGCUCCUGGCCUCCCUGGACAGCCAGGAGACAGAGGUGUGCCAGGAGUUGGACUGGCUGGACCACCUGGCCCUGUUGGACCCCCAGGAGACAAAGGAUCAUUGGGUCCUCGUGGUGUACCUGGUAUCCCUGGACCACAGGGGCCUCCUGGCCAGGAUGGUCUACCUGGAAAUCCAGGGGAAAGAGGACCUCCUGGAAAACCAGGUACCUCACCCCUGCUCUCUCCAGAGGACAUAAAUCUCUUAGUGAAGGAUGUGUGCACUGAAUGCCCGCCUGGCCCACCAGGACUGCCAGGCAUCCCAGGUUUCAAAGGUGACAAAGGUCUCCGAGGACCACCAGGUAGAGACGGCCAGGAUGGGAAAAUGGGAAAUGCUGGUCCCAGAGGUCCUGCAGGCCCACCUGGACUGGAUGGCCAAAAGGGUGCUAAAGGAGACCGUGGAAUAACUGGGGAUGCAGGAGAAAAAGGCGAACAGGGACACCCUGGAAUGCCUGGCUUUGCAGGGGCUCCUGGAAACCCUGGCCCACCUGGACCGGAUGGGGCACCAGGACCAAUAGGACCAGCAGGAAACCCAGGAGACAUGGGUAAAGAUGGCCUUCCAGGUCCACAAGGCCCACCAGGUGUUCCUGGACUUCCCGGCAUUGCUGGGAAUGAUGGCAAAGAUGGCAAGCCAGGAUCUCUUGGAGAACCGGGAAAACCUGGAGAACCAGGCCUCCCAGGCCAGGAGGGUGCCAGAGGCUUACCGGGUUUCAAAGGACAGAGGGGAGAUACAGGUCCCCCAGGUCCACGGGGGGAACCAGGUGCGACAGGUCCUGCUGGGCGUGAGGGGCCACCAGGGAAGGACGGUGAUACUGGCCCCAUAGGACCACAGGGCCCUCGAGGGCUCAGAGGGCAGCCGGGCAAGAAUGGAUUGCCUGGAUCUGCAGGAGAACCUGGCCCAGCAGGUAACCCAGGUCCUAAAGGAAAUAAAGGAGAAAAUGGCAGCCCAGGACUCCCUGGCUUCAUAGGACCCCGAGGACCACCUGGUGAUCCAGGAGAAAAAGGCCCUCCAGGAAAGGAGGGUGCACCAGGGAAACCAGGUGAACCUGGAUCCAAAGGAGAGAGGGGAGAGCCUGGCAUCAAAGGUGAAAAAGGUCCUCCAGGAGAAAAGGGCCCUCCAGGUGAGCCUGGGAUACCUGGUCAUAAAGGCCAUCCAGGUCUGAUGGGACCCCACGGACCACCAGGAGACAGUGGGCAAGUUGGACCUCCUGGUCCCCCAGGACAGCCAGGAUUUCCAGGACCACGGGGGGAACCUCCGUCUCUAGAGACUCUGAGAAGACUCAUCCAAGAGGAGUUAGCUAAGCAGCUAGAUGCAAAGUUAGCCUAUCUCUUGGCGCAGAUACCGCCUGCACAUGUGAAAGCAUACCAUGGCAGACCAGGACCUCCUGGUCCCCCUGGGAAAGAAGGACUACCAGGAAGAACUGGCCCUCCAGGAGAGCCUGGACGACCUGGGCAGACUGGAUCUGAAGGACCACCUGGACCCAUUGGACCCAAGGGAGAAAGAGGAGCAAAGGGUGAGAAAGGAGAUGCUGGCAUUGGCCAGAGAGGUGAAAUAGGUCCUCCAGGAAUUCCAGGCCUCCCAGGAGAGCCUGGCUAUGCCAAAGAUGGGAUACCAGGACCACCUGGCCCUCAAGGUGAAGCUGGGGUACCUGGUCUCAUGGGCCCACAGGGACCUCCGGGAGCCAAUGGACAGUGUGACCCUGCUCAAUGCGCUUACUAUGCAAGCCUGGCUGCCAGGCCUGCCAAUGUCAAAGGGCCCUAG